GAUAUAUUGCAGGGGGUGGAGUCAUCGGCGGUCGUAACCGAGGCAGCACUGAUCAGGUAACUGCAAGGAAGCAUCUGUAGAGCGGGUCCGCACGUUGCGCAUCGAGUAUAUGAGCACUGAUUGGUGCUGGACAAUGAUUAAAUGCAGAUCUUGACAGAUGAGGCUGUCGAGUUGCCAGGGUCGUGAACAGGGUCGCGGAGGAAGCGGAAUGCUGAGCGAGGCAAGCCGACCCUCACAGGCGGUAAGCAGGCCGCACAAUUGUGUGAUCGGUGUGAUCGAGAUUCGAAACACCUCCUGGCACGGUGAGUUACGUGUCAGUCUUACGAAGCUGCCAGCCGCAGAUCGUAGAACCGUAACGCGGCACAGCCAAAAGCCUCUGACGCGUCGGGCGCUCCCCUCCCCGAGUCUAGAACUUUGCCAAGACGAACUGCGGUUCUCCUCACGACCACGUUGUUGGAACUCCACUCAUAACUCCAGGAGCAGCGGACAGAUAUCUUGUCACCUGCGUGGUUUUUUCGACGGUCUGGUGGUCUGCUCGACGGUCUGCAUGCAUGCUGAGGCGCCCCAGCGAUGGAAGCGUGAAACCGAAACUGGCCAGGAGCAAGCUUGAAUUCACAAUCAAUAGUCUACAUGUCAGUAAGGCACUAAAUCUACAGCUAGGACCACAUAGGCAAGAAUGUCGGGCUCGGUCGGACUAUCCAUUGUCCGCCGCCGAGGUCCCACUGAAGACGAAGUGAGGGUGGGGGGAUAUGCACGCACGGAAAAGCUCCGCACGUGCGUCCAUCGAGGGACAAGCGUUCCAGCUUCCAGCCGCGUCCCAUGGCUCACGGUAAUACGCAGACAAUAACAGUGUUUCUAGUGGUCCUCGUGGU